AUGACCGAAGGUCCUGUUAAGUGCGUCAAAACAAAUUACAAAGUGAUUUUGAGUGGAGAUUCCAAUGUAGGGAAGACAAGCAUCACGCUUAGGUAUGUGAAUAAAACAUACUCAUCGGAGUAUAAGACGACAAUUGGAUCGGACAUAUUUCACAAAGAGAUUCAAGCGGAUGGGGAGGUCUUAGAUAUGGCUUUAUGGGACACAGCGGGGAGUGAAAAGUAUCAGUCAGUGUUUAAAAACUAUUACCGUGGGUCUGAUGUUGUGUUUCUCGUGUUUGACUUGACGAAUCAGUCGAGUCUUCAAAGUCUACCGAAAUGGUAUAAUGAAUAUAAAAGUGUUGAUUCGGUCGAUGACAAAGAUGUUUUAGUCGUAGUUGUUGGGAACAAAUGUGACUUACAAGACCAACGACAAGUCCAAGAAGAGGGGAGAGAAUGGGCGGAGCAAAAUGGCUUCACAUAUGCUGAGACGAGUGCGUCGAAUGAUAUAGGGAUAUCGGAUUUGUUCUCGAGUGUUCUUCGACUGAAGAAACAAAUGAGCUUUGAGUAUCCGAUACCUCCCCCACUUCCCGUCGUUGAAAUCACCACACUUCCAAAUGCCAAAAAGUGUUGUUAA